UAAUAAAGAAAAAAUACAGAAUAGUGCUUGAAUAGUGUGCUAAAAAUAAUUAACAAGUAAUAAUAAAAUGUCUGCACUGUGUUAAAUACUUUCAAACACUAAAAUUCGAUCAAUAAUAAACAAAGGCAAAAGUAAUAAUAAUCCAAUAGAGAAAUUAUACAACUAUCUCCUCUUGCUUAGAUAUAGUCCAAAGUGCUUUUAGCUAAUUGACAAGAAUAUAACAAACAAAUACAAUAUAUGUACAAGUGCGUGUUGUUAACACAAACCAUUCCGCACUUAUUCCUGCUUAACCCACAACUCUCACAGUUUCGCAGCUAGGCGCUCCGCAGAGUUGUGGGCCCAAAAUUUACAUUUCUUUCUCAGGCUGGGAUUACAAACCGCCAAAAUUGUGGAGGCACUUAAAAUGAAGACUGAGCUGCGUUCAUGCGCGGCAUGUGGGGAGCCAAUCUCGGAUCGGUUUUUUCUCGAGGUUGGCGGUUGUUCGUGGCAUGCCACCUGUUUGCGCUGUUGCAUCUGUCAAUGCCCGCUCGACCGACAGCAAUCGUGUUUCAUCCGCGAACGGCAAGUCUAUUGUAAAGCAGACUAUGGCAAACGUUUCGGCGCAAAAUGCUCAAAGUGUUGUCGUGGCAUCUCGGCGACGGAUUGGGUGCGUCGCGCACGGGACCUCGUCUUCCACUUGGCGUGUUUUGCGUGCGAUCAGUGCGGACGACAACUUUCUACCGGCGAACAAUUUGCUCUGAUAGACGAUCGGGUGCUGUGUAAGGCGCAUUACCUGGAAACGGUAGAAGGUGGCACCACAUCAAGUGACGACGGCUGUGAUGGUGAUGGCUAUCAUAAAAGUAAAACGAAACGUGUACGCACCACCUUCACCGAGGAGCAACUGCAGGUGCUGCAGGCCAACUUUCAGAUCGACAGUAAUCCGGAUGGACAGGAUUUGGAGCGCAUCGCCUCGGUAACCGGUCUCAGUAAGCGUGUGACGCAAGUUUGGUUUCAGAAUUCGCGAGCGCGACAGAAAAAACACAUUCAUGCUGGUAAGAAUAAAAUGCGUGAACCCGAAGGAAGCUCAUUUGCCCGCCAUAUUAACCUGCAGUUAACGUAUUCAUUUCAGAAUAAUGCCCAGAAUGCUAUGCACCUGAACGGCAACUCAAAGGGAUUAUAUCCAACGCAUGAAUCGUCCAUGGAUGAACUUUCGCAGGACUCGAGUGUGCAUUGCAUGCAAAGUGAAGUGUGACUGGAGCAUUUGAACCACCAUUAAAGGAGACAUAUACCAUACAUAUGUUCUAAACUAUUGGUGGCAUCGGAGAUAAAGUUACACACCUACACAUGCGCUCAAACAUACACUUAAGUGCGAACUUAGGAAAUCACAUUUCAUCCGAGUUUUGUGUACAAAGGCACAAAUAUUCGAAAAGUUAAACCCAGUUAUACAUAUAAAAAUCUAAAAACGUCCCAACCUAGUCAAAAUUAUGAAAACAAAAUGUUAUUGCAAACAAAUUAAAUGCGGCAAUCGAAAAACGUCCAAAAAAAUGGAUAAAAGCAAAUGGCGAACAAACAGCAAAAAUCUACGCCAAGCAGCUCUUCUGCCCAGCGGCCAGUAUUAAACGUGAAUAUAUUUCAUUAUUUUUUCGAAACUAGCAGUAAAUGAGUUUGGACUUUUUCACUAUAAUAAAAAAUUCACAUUUAUUAAAAUUCAAAUUUGGUGCAAAAAAUGUAUUUAAAAUAGUCAACACUUGGGACAAAAAAUAUUUAAAUACAAUUUCACAUUAGUUUCGAAAAUUCAAAAAUCGUGAAUGUCAACCUUGAAGAGCAACGCAAAUCAAUACUAACUUUAGGCUUAGCAAAAACACUAAAUAUUUAUAAAUCAAAAAGAUAAAACUAGUAAUUAUUGUGACGAAACAAGUUCAAUUGAAGGCCACUCCUGUCGGCGCUGCGUGCACGCUCAAAGCGUGCCAGUGUAUACUCGCAUACUCGCGCCGGCGCAGCGUUGUCAUUUCCAUGUAAAAAAGUUAACUUGCAUUAACUCUAACAUUCCUUAAUUGUAAUUUAAGAUUUCACUAGCAUUUACUUUAAAUCAAUUAUAACUGUUAAGUUUAGCAAAACAAACAAGCCAACAAAGAGUAAACACAUACAAGUAUAUAGAAUUGCAUAUGUACAUAUUAAUAACUAAAGUCCUGUAUAUAAGACCUCGUUUGCACCUGAAAAAAAUCAUAAAAAAAUUUAAAAAAAUAUUCACACACACAAACACAAUUAUCACCGGCGUACGUUUAGGUUUGUAUAUAAAUUUGAGCUAGUAUUAGUUAAAACGCCUAAUAUUAGUUAAUAAAAAGAAAUCAAUAUUUCCUCAAUAAAAUGUUUUACAUUUAUUUAUGUAUGUGUAUGUAUUAAAUCUGUGUAUGUACCUUAUGCAUAAUCACUUUGACUCACACAUCCUACUCUUGUACGUUUGAAUGUAUUGAAGCUUUGUAUCGCCUUUCUGAAAUAUAACUUAAGCUAUUGUAAAAUAUUUAAUGUACAUACAUACAUACUCUACUUACUUAGACGUGUAUGUUAAUUGCUUAUAUUGUAUUAUUAGGAAUUGUUAUUGUUUAUUUCUUGUUUUUUAAAUUUGUAAACAAAUAAAUAUACACUCUAACUUAUAUUUCUUGCAGUGGAACUAAAUUACAGAAAUGUAAAAAAGAAGCAUAAAUUGUAAAUUGAGUAUACUUGCCAAUAUUAAAACUAAACAAAUUAUAAGGAAUCUAACAGCUAGUUAACACAAAUUAUAAAAUAUGAAAUUAA